UCACCCCACCUAAAUGAAAGUAGACAGCUGGUAAUUUAGUACCAGAGACUCAAGUUACUGGUAACACAACCCUGUGGAUCUGUUGUGGGGCAGAGGGAGAGAGAAGAGAUUUGGGAGUCUGUAGUGAGAGAAAGGCUGAAGUAUCUCUCGGCUCUUAGAAGAAAAUAAAAUAAUAAAUAAAGAAAACCAAAGUGGGCAAGUGAUCAGCGGGAGUGUCAGAAAAGGGAGAGAAGGAAAUAAAGGCACAAAAGAAGCAGAGAGAGAAGGUCAGAAAGGAGUGGAGAAGUGGAGGAUUGGAGGCAGGGAGUGGAAAAGAGCAGAGCGAGGGAGGGAGUGAAGGAGGGGAGAGGAUGCUGCCGCACAGGGCUCUGUUGAAGCUGUUCUUCUGCGCUGGACUCUGCUUCUUCAUCGCAGGGACGGUGCUGGCAAGUUUCUACAUUACCUUCAACUACAGCUCCAGGAAGAAGGGGUUUAAGAGCCCCUCCAGCGCCACACAGAGGGGUGCAACGACAGCGGUGUGUCAGAGCUGCAGAGAGGAGGAUGCUGUCAGGAAGAGAGUGCUGCAGUUAGAGGCGCAAGGAUGGGAGAGAUGGGAGGAGUCUUAUCAGAAGCUCAGGUCGGCGCUGUUGAGGGAUUGUCAUGGCGUCUCUGAUGCUGUCAUCACCCAGAAAAACACGCCUCUGGGGUCGAAGGUGUUUUAUGACGGGGAGAAGCGCAGAAACAUCAAGAUCAACCAGAAGAUAUUCAGCACCUUCCCCCUAGAGUCCCCCUUCGGGAACGUCACCUUUGCUUCCUGCGCAGUCGUAGGGAACGGCGGGAUCCUACUGGACAGCAACUGCGGAGAAGAGAUCGACCGGGCCGACUUCGUAGUCAGGUGUAAUCUGCCCCCAAUGGAGGGGAGGUAUCAUAGCGACGUGGGAAACAAAACAAACCUGGUCACUGCCAAUCCCAGCAUCCUCCUGGAGAAGUUCGCUGCUCUGUCUGAGUGGAGGAGGCCCUUUGCGGACUGCGUUUCCCGAUAUGGAGUGGGUGCAAUGCUGGCACUGCCCGCCUUCUCGUAUGGGCGCAACACGCCACUGUCCAUGCGGGCCCUCUACACGCUGCAGGACUUCGGGAGCCCGGUGCGGCCCAUCUUCCUGAACCCGCGGUACCUGGGCAGCCUGGCUAGGUUCUGGAGGACUCGCGGGCUCCGGGCUUCCCGCCUCAGCACCGGGCUUAUGAUGGCCAGCCUGGCGCUGGAGCUGUGCAGCUCAGUCCGGCUCUAUGGGUUCUGGCCCUUUAACCGCGGCCCAGAUGGCUCCCCGCUGCUGCACCAUUACUACGAUAACCGGCGCUCCCAGACCAGCAUUCACGCCAUGCCAGCCGAGUUCAGCCAGCUGCUGGGGCUGCACGGGCAGGGCGUGCUGAGGAUACAGCUGGGGAGGUGCCAGACAGAGCGGGGAGAGGAGAGGGGAGGGAGGCCAGCCUGAGACAACCUGGGCUAACUUCCGCUGGUUGAUCCCUGCAGCCAGCAUCGCCGCCCUUGAUCACUGGAGCCAUCAACAAUGGGCCCAACAGAAAUCCACGUUACCUGGUGGAGGGAAAGCGCUGAAGGCUCAUAUAUUAUAGUGAAGCUACGUCUUGGUUGGUCUCCACCACUGCUAUCUCAUUUUAUCUUGAUGAAAGCUGAAUCCAGUAUUAGAAGUAAAUAACUGCUACUCUCAUGUAAUAAAAAUCGGCCAACCUGCCACCAUGGGACAGCGCCUGAGACUCUGUGUCUGUCAAUCCCCUGCCUGUCUGUCUGUACCCCAGUCUCAGUAGUACAGACGUAGCGCAUGGCACAAGAGUGUGUGUUAUAGUUGAGGGCUGCCAGGUGUGAGUGUCUCGGAUCCAGAGACUCAGAUCUAGAAGAGACCAAGACAAGCAAAGCAUUUGGGCUAGUGCCUUCAUCAGGGUUAUUGUGGUGAAACUAAAAGGAAAAUCCUAGUCAAGUUAACAAAGUUUUAAGUGAACUGAAAAAGGCAAUAGUUGAAACUUUUGUCUAUAUGACUAAAUUUCUUAUAUUGUUACUCUUGUAAGUUUCAAUUUUUUUUUCAAAGUAGUUUUUUGUACCCUAGAUUUUUCAAGAGCAAUGUGUUAAAAGAAAUAAAACCUUGCUGUAUGUUUUUACAA